AUGGCAGUAGUGUGGUCCAGUGAGCAAAUAUUGACCCUUAUCGAGUUGUAUCAAAAUUCGCAAAUAUUGUGGGACACUUCACAUAGUGAUUAUAAAAACAAAAUAAAAAAAAAUGAUGCAUGGGAAUCUAUCGCGACUACAUUAAAUAAACCUAGAAAAGACGUCGAGGGAAAAAUACACAACAUAAGGUCUCAGUUUCUCAGGGAGAGAAAAAAAAUAGCGAGCUCAAAAUCUACAGGAAGUGCAAGUGGGGAUGUUCACAAAAGUAACUGGUUUGCGUAUGAUUCGCUGCUUUUCCUAGUAAAAGGGGCGACAAGUUCGGGCAGUAUGGACUCUAUGAAUGCGCAGACAUCUGAAAGUUCGGUGGCACACGAAGAAAUACCAGCGGCAUCGCAAGUAUUAACGCAACCACCAGAAGCACCAACGUCGCCGCCACCAUUACCAACGCAACCAAUGCCGCUUACAAAUACUCAAAAUAAAAGGAAAAAAGAUGAUCUGAGUGAGGUAUAUGAAAUAAUGAAGAGUGCAAAAGCCAGGAUGGAUCAACCAAAAGAUGAAUAUCAAAUUUACGCCGACUAUAUAGCUUCAGAGUUAAGAAAUAUAAAGCGGUCUACACACCAAAGCCGCUGA